AUGUUGGACCGACUGUAUGAGCAGAGGAAACCUGUGACCGAUUUCUUGAUGAGGCAGAUGGACAAGACUACUCCACGGUGUAACUUUGACCUUAGACAGUGGCAGCUCUUGCAUGACACCUGCCGUUUUCUCAGGCCCUUGGAGGAUGCCACUUUACUUAGUACAGAGGACAUUCCUACAGAUAACCGCCCAGGUGACUGUACCAGGAACUUAGCGAAACAUCUGGUAUCUUCAGAUUUUGAAGUAGAUGAUCGUGGUAUCAUACAAGAUAUAUAUGAAGAGCAUGCCAAUAUCCAAGAUAUAUCUUCAUCCAAUCACAGCAACAAUGCAUCAUUUGAUUCUUUUAAACAGGUCCGAUCUUCUGAUUCAUCACAGACUAUAACACAGAAUAAAAGUCACAGAAAAGGUGUUAAACAUCAAACAGCUCACGUAAGAGAGAAGACAUUUUCAUGUUUAGAAUGUGGAAGAUUUUUUAGAUAUAAAUCAGAAUUAGUGAGGCAUCAGAGAACUCACACAGGGGAGAAUCCUUUUUCAUGUUCAGAAUGUGGGAAAUGUUUUGAACAUAAAUCGGCUCUUAUUACACAUCAGAGAGUUCACACCAGAGAGAAUCCAUUUUCAUGUUCAGAAUGUGGGAAAUGUUUUAAGCAGAAACAGGCUCUUGUUGUACAUCAGAGAAAUCACACAGGGGAGAAGCCAUUUUCAUGUUCAGAAUGUGGGAAAUGUUUUAACCGUAAAUCACAUCUUGUUAUACAUCAGAGAGUUCACACAGGAGAGAAGCCAUUUUCAUGUUCGGAAUGCGGUGAAUGUUUUAAGCAGAAAUCAGCUCUUAUUAUACAUCAGAGAAUUCACACAGGAGAGAAGCCAUUUUCAUGUUCAGAAUGUGGGAAAUGUUUUAACAGGAAAUCACAUCUUGUUAUACAUCAGAUAAUUCACACAGGAGAGAAGCCAUUUUCAUGUUCAGAAUGUGGGAAAUGUUUUAACCAGAAAUCGGCUCUUGUUACACAUCAGAGAAAUCACACAGGAGAGAAGCCAUUUUCAUGUUCAGAAUGUGGGAAAUGUUUUAAGCAUAAAUCAAAUCUUGUUACACAUAAAAAAACUCACAGAGAGAAGCCAUCUCCAUGCUUAGCCCGUUAGUGACCUCCCUUAUGUGUUUUUAUGGUAGUCAGUGUCGCUAACUGGCUUUAUUCCGUCAGACACUCCUUUUUACAGGGAGAUAAAACAGAACCUUGCUUUGAGUUACCAGAGGUGGCCGAGGGCUUGGAGUGAUGAUUGGGACCACUGUGAGAGCUCCCCAAACACGUAUUGUCUCCUGUAUUGAAUGAAUACCGGUCAUCAAAGGACAGAUCCAGUUAAAAGUGAAAGUUUUUACUGUAUAUACACUGGCUAUCAAAAUUAGAGAACAAUUUAUGAACAUUUGAUCUUUUCAGAAAUAAUGUAAUCUACAUUGAUCAUCAUUUGGAAUGUUUUUUUUUUUUGUAAGGGGUACACUAUGCCAUUAGAACAGUGUUUGCCAAAAUAACCAAAGUAUAUCAACAUAAAACCUUUAUUUUUCAAAAAACCUGAUGAUCAUAAUUAGAGAACAGCAAUGACUGUAGCACAGAAAAAGAUUCUAACAAAAUUUUUUGAAGGUUAUAACAGUCACCAAUCAGUAGAAAGUGUACAGGCCCUUGCUUUGAGUGACUUCAGCACAUCUGCGGCCACAGGACAUCACUAGUCUCUCACACUGCUCUGGUGUGAUUUUGGUCCACUCUUCUUCCAGUCUCUUUAACAGUUCUGUGACUGUUGUGGGUUUGUUGACCAUAACUUUGUCACCAAGAAUUUUCCAGAGGUUUUCUAUUGGGUUUAGAUCAGGACUCUGGCUGCCCAUUUCAUUGUUUCAAUGUCCUCAGUUUUAAGGAACUGCUUUACCCGUUUUGCUGUAUGACAGGGGGCAUUGUCCUUCAUGAAAAUUGCUGGCUGAUUGAGUGAUGAACACAAGGAAGGAACUAUGUGAUGUGGAAGAAGAUUCUGAUGCACACUUGCAUUCACUCUGCCAUGUAGCUGUAUGAGAGGUCCAACUCCUGCGGCAGAAAACAUUCCCUGAACCAUGACACUUCCUCCUCCACCAUUCACUGACUUCUUUACACAUUUUGGGUUCAGUCUUUCCCCAGUUUGUCAACGAACAUAAUGUUUCCUAUCAGACCCAAAUAAAUUAAACUUGCUUUCAUCACUAAAAUGAACUCUGGAGCACUUCUCCUCUGUCCACACAACAUGCUCCUCAGCAAAGGUGAGUCUAGCCUUUUGAUUCUUUCUGCUAAUGAGAGGUUUGGUCACUGCAGAGUGGGCUUUCAGUCCAAAUUCUCUUAAACGUCGAGACACUGUAUGACGAGACAGAUCCUUACCCUGUUCAGUGCUGAACUGGCGAGCAAUUCCAGCUGCAGUGUUGAAACGAUUUACUUAUUGAGAUUCUCCGCAUUAUCCUGUCCUCUCUUGCAUUUGUCUUUCGAGGGCGACCAGCCUUCUUCGGGGACUUGAAUGAGUUUGUGAUGUUGUGAAGAUGCAAUAUUCUCGAAAUCACAGACUUGGAACGACCAACUUCUCUUGCUAUGGCUGAUAGGGUCACCCCUUUGGCCUUCAUCUGGACAACCUGCUGCCGGAGGGUUUCAGUCACUGUCUAACGGCACACCAUUUUGGCAAAGCCAGUGAAAACUGGAAAGUUAGGCUGCCAGUUAAAUAGGGUUUGUCAGAUCAAUAAGGAAAUUAGCACCAGUUGCCAG